AGUGAAAGUGAAAGUGCUCAGACUUGUUCUAACUACAAGGAGCCGAAGAAGGAGACGUGAAGUCUGAGGCUGCAGUGGUCACUAUCUUGUCAACAGUCUUCACUGUCGAGGAACAUGUGAGGAACAUCGACAUGCAGAGCAAGCCUUUAGGACGUUAACAUGUAGCAGAAAGGGGAAAACUAAAGGACAGAAUGGCCCUUUACUCCUCAACAGGAAAAGGAGGGGCGAGGGAGAUGAUAAGUGGGACACACCUGUGAGCCAGAGAGGAGAGGGAGACUCAGCCAGAGGAAGCAUGGAGUGGCAGCAUGUGAAAUAAACAUUGAAACUGGUUUGAAAGAUCAUUUCACUGUGUUCUGCUGUAAACUGAGCCCAGAAUGAGAAGAAAAUAGACUUGAAUAUCAAGAAGAGCAGCGUGGACUGAACCACAGCUGAGCCGCAGCCGGCCCGGUGUAACAUGGGCGCGGCCAUUUCGAGGAAAGUUGGACCCUCACACACAAAAGGUCAGGACCGCAGACUGAGAGCAGAGUCUCCAGGGUCCAGCUGUGUGUCUCUGAAGAGUGACGCGUCCAUGAGAUUUCCUCCAAACUUCAGUAAUGAACCUGGACCCUCACACACAGAGGAGAGGAACAGGAGUUGUGUUUCUGAAGAGGAGCAGUCGUCCUGCUGUGCUUCGUGUCAGGACGUCCUGAAGGAUCCAGUCUCCACCAGCUGUGGACACUGGUUCUGCAGACAGUGCAUCACCUCAUACUGGGACCAGUCUGGUUCUUCAGGAGACUCUGCCUGUCCCCAGUGUGGAAAAAGAUCCAGAACAGGAGCUGGAGCUCAGACAGCCGCAGAUUGUGGUCUGCAGGAGGUUUCAGAUGAACAUAAGCUCAGUCUGAGGAGGAGAUGUGAACAUGUGACUGAAGGAACUGAUGAAACAGGAAGUAGAACCCUCCUCAACAGGAUCUACACUGAGCUCUACAUCACAGAGGGACAGAGUGAAGAGGUUAAUACUCAACAUGAGGUGAGGCAGCUUGAGACGGCUUCCAAGAUGAAGAGCCUCCACGACACUCCCAUCGAGUGCCACGACAUCUUUAAAGCCUCCACUGACCAGCAGAGCAGCAUCAGAGUCGUCCUGACCAACGGCGUCGCUGGCGUUGGGAAAACCUUCUUGGUGCAGAAGUUCACUCUGGACUGGGCAGAGGGUUUAGAAAACCAAGAUGUGGGUCUGCUGACUGUGCUUUCGUUCAGGGAGCUGAACCUGGUGAAAGACCAGCAGCACAGUCUUCUCACGUUGCUCGGUGUUUUCCAUCCAGCGUUACAGAAGCUCACGGCAGAGAUGCUCGCUGUCUGUAAACCUUUGUUCAUCUUUGACGGCCUGGAUGAAAGCAGACUUUCUCUGGACUUCAACAACCGGAAGGUUUUGUCUGAUGUCACACAGAGGUCAUCAGUCAACGUGCUGCUGACAAACCUCAUCCGGGGGAAUCUGCUUCCCUCGGCUCUCGUCUGGAUAACCUCCAGACCUGCGGCGGCCAAUCAGAUCCCUCCUACAUGUGUUGACAGGGUAACAGAAGUACGAGGCUUCACUGACGCCCAGAAGGAGGAGUACUUCAGGAGGAGAUCCAGGGAUCACGAGCUGUGCAGCAGCAUCAUCUCACACAUCAAGACGUCCAGGAGCCUCCACAUCAUGUGUCAAAUCCCAGUCUUCUGCUGGAUCAGUGCUACCGUUCUGGAGCACAUGUUGACCACAGACCAGAGAGGAGAGCUGCCCAAGACCCUGACUGACCUGUACUCGCACUUCCUGCUGGUUCAGACAAAGAGGAAGAACAACAAGUACAAUGAGGGACACGAGACGACUCUACAGCAGCUGACGGAGGCUGACAGGGACGUUCUUCUGAAGCUGGGGAGGCUGGCGCUUAAACAUCUGGAGGAAGGAAACAUCAUGUUCUACCAAGAAGACCUGGAGUGGUGUGGUCUUAAUGUCACCGAGGCCUCGGUGUACUCGGGAGUUUGUACUGAGAUCUUCAGAAGAGAGUGUGUGAUCUUCCAGAAAUCAGUCUACUGUUUUGUUCAUUUAAGCGUUCAGGAGUUUCUGGCUGCAGUCUACGUGUUCCACUGUUACACCCAGAGGAACACAGACGAGCUCAACAACUUCAUGGGAACAGAUGUGGACACAGACACUACCUUCUCCCUGGAUGACCUCCUGAAGAGAACCAUGAGGAAAUCCCUUACCAGUACCAAUGGUCAUUUGGACCUGUUUGUUCGCUUCCUUCACGGCCUCAGUCUGGAGUCCAACCAGAGAGUCCUAGGAGGCCUGCUGGGUCGGACAGGGAACAAUCCAAAUAUCAUCCAGACAGUCAUCAACAACCUGAAGAAGAUGAAGAGUGAUGACAUUUCUCCCGACAGAAGCAUCAACAUCUUCCACUGUCUGACUGAGAUGAACGACCACUCAGUUCAUCAGCAGAUGAAACAGUUCCUGACGUCAGAGAACAAAUCAAAGAAGAAACUCUCUGAGAUCCACUGCUCAGCUCUGGCCUACAUGCUGCAGAUGUCAGAGGAGGUUCUGGAUGAGCUGGACCUGAAGAAGUUCAACACAUCAGACCAGGGUCGACGGAGACUGAUCCCAGCUGUGAGGAACUGCAGGAAGGCUGUCUCUGAAGUCAGACCCGUCACAUCUGAGAGAACUGGAACUGAGUGAAAACCAGCUGCAGGAUUCAGGAGUGAAGCUGCUGUGUUCGGGACUGGAGAGUCCAAACUGUCGACUGGAGACUCUGAGGUUUGAGAGCUGCAGUCUGUCGGAGAUCAGCUGUUCUUCUCUGGCUUCAGCUCUGAGGUCAAACCCCUCUCAUCUGAAAGAACUGGAUCUGAGACACAGCAAC